UACAAUUUAUCCACACACAACACACAUUCGCACAAUCAAAUUGUAUACAAGUCUGUUCUGGUCUUUUACUACUGUUAAGAUCCUUCACCAUGGCCAGGAACUAUGGUGGAUUGUACAACAUCGCCCGCUGGGGUGAACCCUACUUCACCGUGAACCAGGACGGCCACCUCUGUGUCAAUACCCAUGGCGAUCAGAGGGAAUCAGGGCAAGAGAUCGACGUGCUGCACGUGAUUCAAGCUGCAAAGGAUAGCGUCCAGUUUCCAAUGAUCCUCCGCUUCCCCGGCCUGCUCAAGCACCACCUCGACUCGCUCCACACCGCAUUCGACAAUGCCAUCAAGAACACCGGGUACAUGGCACGAUAUCAGGGCGUGUUCCCAGUGAAGGUGAACCAGAACAAGGCCAUCAUCCAGGACUUUGUUCACUUCGGCCACGGUUACAACUAUGGGCUGGAGGCUGGCUCCAAGCCCGAAUUGCUCAUCGCAAUGAGCUGCCUUACCAAGGCCAAUAGUAAAGCCUUUCUGGUGUGUAAUGGCUACAAGGACGCGGAGUACGUGGCGCUGGCGCUCUCGGCGCGUGCCAUGGGUCUAAAUGCCAUCAUCGUGAUGGAGAUGGAGGAGGAGUUGGACAUCAUCAUCGACCAGAGCAACAAGCUCGGGGUGGAUCCGGUCGUGGGCGUGCGUGCCAAGCUGCUCACCAAGAUACCAGGCCACUUCGGGUCGACGGCCGGCAAGCACGGCAAGUUCGGGCUGCCUGCGAAGAAGAUCUACGAGGUGGCCAACAGGCUCAGGCACCUCGAAAAGCUGCAGUGGCUCAAGUUGCUGCACUUCCAUAUCGGCUCCAUGAUCCCGUCCACGGAGAUCGUGUCCAAGGCAGCCACCGAGGCCGCCGACAUCUACUGUACCCUGGUGAAUGAGUAUGGCGCGAGGAUGGACACGCUGGACUGCGGUGGGGGGCUCGGCGUCGACUACGACGGGACCCGGUCCGGCUCCGACAUGUCGGUGGCGUACGGGCUGGAGGAGUACGCAUCCAGCAUUGUGCAGGCAGUGCGGGUCAAGUGCGAGGACAAUGGCGUUGACCACCCUGUGCUGUGCACCGAGAGCGGCCGCGCCAUGGUCUCACACCACUCGAUGAUCAUCCUUGAGGCGCUCUCAGCAAUCCCCGAGCCAAAGGACGACGAGGAGACCACCCCCGAAGAGCUGCAGGCCAUGAUCGAUGAUCUCUCCUCGAAGAAGUGGUUGAAGGGUGAUGACGACGCGGCGGUGGCCAAGCCCAUGUCUUCCCACGCUGCGGAGAUCAAGGAGCACGGCAUCGAGAUAUACAAGGUGGCCAAGAAGCUCGCCAAGAGUGUCAUGGCUAAAGAGACCACCAUCUACAACUACCACAUGAACCUCUCCAUCUUCUCGCUGGUUCCCGACUGCUGGGGCAUCCAGCAGCUGUUCCCGAUGAUGCCCGUGAGCCGGCUCCACGAGAGGCCGACCAACAUGGCCACGCUCAUUGACCUCACCUGCGACAGCGACGGUAAGGUCGAAAAGUUCAUCCGUGGCGCCCAGACACUGCCGCUGCACCCGCUGGACCCCAAGCUCGGUGGCUACUACGUGGCCGUGCUCCUGUCCGGCGCGUACCAGGAAGCCCUUUCUAGCAAGCACAACCUGUUCGGUGGCCCAAGCAUUGUGCGGGUCGACGAAAGCGGCGGCAUCGUCACAGCGGACCUGGGCGCUACAACGGAGGAGCUCAUCAGUACCAUGAGGUACGAUGUCAAUCAGGACAUCCUCGACGUGAUCCACGAGCGGGCCGAAGAGCAUGGGGUGUGGAAGAUGGUGGGGGAGAUCGUGAAGGCCGGGCUUACCACCAUGCCCUACCUCAUCGAAUACCAGGUCCCGCUCCCAGGAACCGCCUAGCUUUCGUGUUUGGACGAGACUAUAUAUAUCUCAAAUAAGCGUGGCCCCUAUUCGUGUUUGCACGGGCUGAUAUAUGCAUGAGCAUUCUCCUGCAGUGCUCUAAAUUAUAUCGACUAUCAUCUCUUAGCAUUCUUCUGAUAUAUGUAUUUAUAUUUAAGAAUAAAGGUUUUAAGGCAUCGAUCUAUCUAAAAAUGA